ACUGAUUUGGUUUCCCUAACAUCUUCUCGACUUUAAGAUCUUUAAACUGAAAUAUGCAGCGAUUCAUGAAGGUAUUCAACCAGCAAACAUGCAAAAUAAUCGGCAUGAUACACGUGGAUGCGCUGCCAGGAACACCACGAUACACCGGCAACUGGAAACAGACGAUUGAGAAGGCUGUAUACGAGGCAAAUCUCUACAAGAAACAUAAACUGGAUGCUGUGCUUAUAGAAAAUAUGCAUGAUAUUCCGUAUGUACCAGAGCGCCUCCUGGGUGCCGAGAUAGUGGCUUGCAUGACACGACUGGCAUUGGCAGUGCGGGAAGUGAUCCCCAAGGAAACUCCUUGUGGUGUUCAAGUUCUUGCCUGCGGCAAUAAGCAAGCACUGGCUAUUGCCAAAGCCAGUCAGCUGCAGUUUAUACGCAGUGAGGGAUUCGUUUUCGGCCACGUGGCGGAUGACGGUUACACGGAUGCUUGUGCGGGGGACUUGUUGCGGUAUCGCAAGCUAAUCGAUGCAGAGGAUGUACUGAUCUUUACAGAUUUGAAGAAGAAACAUAGCUCACAUGCUAUUACCGCUGAUGUCAGCCUUUUGGAAACCGCCCAUGCUGCAGAAUUCUUCCUCACUGAUGGGAUUGUCAUCACAGGAACAGCCACAGGUCAUGCAGCAAGUCCCGAAGAUCUGCAGCAGCUAUCCGGCAGGGUAAAGGUUCCCCUGAUAAUUGGCUCCGGGGUAACCAAAGAUAAUAUUGGGAGUUACUUCAAAGAUGCCCACGCAGUCAUAAUUGGGUCACAUUUCAAGCGGAAUGGUAAUUGGCUGGAGGCGAUUAGUGAACAAGCAGUAGAUGAUUUCAUGCUAAAGAUUUGUCAUCUACGACGAUCAAAAGGAUAAGCUCUGUAAAUGAUUUUAUUGACGUGUAUAAAUGUUUUAAAUGAAUAAUGGAUAAUGUA